CUCUUUGCUGUUCACAAAUUGGGUCAUGUGUUAUUACCUGAAAACCCUACGAUUUUUCAUGCUGCGGAUGCGGAGUAAUAAAUAAACAGUAAUAAAUAAAUGUAAAAAUUAUUUAAUUAUUAUUAUUACUAAGCAACCAUGGGUCACAAAUAACAGCUCUCUCAUUUUGAGCUAUUGGAUUUCUUUAACUUUUAAUCUCACCCGUAUAAAAUCCAUAUUUUAUAGUUUCUUUGCUUUCUAUGCCUCUUCUUCACCACGUUCGGCUAACCCCCUUCUCCUUCAAGUGCUCACCUUCUAUUUUAUUGGUGAUCCAUUUUAUUGGUGAUCCAAGGCAGUUCGUCGUCGCCCCAUGAUCUCAACCAUUGUCGGUUGUCUCCUUCAACAAGCAUUCAAUCGGUUAAUCAGUCUCCUUGAAAGAGUGAUUCAGUUAUGGCUUCAACCUCCUCUCAUUACGUCUUUAACCCCCACUUCUCCAUAAUCCCUAAAUAUCAGGUUGUUGUUGUAACUGCUCUGUCUAUAUAAGAAAAGAGGUGACUUCUUUGAAUGUAUUCAUUAUUCCAUCACUUCAAAUCUAUCUAUUGGUUGAUCAAUAAUGAAUGAGAAAAUUGGUUGUUCUGUUAGAAAAUACUUCACCGAAGAACACUGAAGUCGUUCAUGAUAUUGCCGUCAUUCAAACAUUAUUAGCUAAAUCGAUUGAUUAUGAAAGUGACUCUACUGAGAUUUCACCAAAGAACACUGAAGUCGUUCAUGGAAAUGCCGACCUUCAAACAGUAUCAGCCAAAUCCAUUGAUUCUGAAAGUGACUAUCCUGAGAUAAUUGAGUAUUCUCCUUACUUCGGUCCUUAUAAAUCCAUUUUGGAAAGGGUUAUUGCGAAAGAGGUUUCUAAAAUUGCUAAAGAAGAUCAACAUUUCGAAAGGAAAAGAAAAAGGGUUUUAGCUCUAACAUAGUGGAAGUGGGAUGAAGUUGUGGACCUCUGCUCAGAUUAUGAUGAGGAAGAGGAUGUCAUAUAACCAAAAAAGCAAGUCAGGGUUUGCAUUCACAAUAGAAAUCGACCCAUAAAACUCCUUGAUGAGUCGGAUGGGGAGGCUUGAUGUUUCUAUAAGUUGGUUUUAGUAUGUUUGUGUUAACUUUGUUGAGUUUAGGAUGCUUCAUUUUCAUUAUUAUGUUUAGUUGUUGUUUUGACUCUAUGUUUUGAAACCUUGUGGUUUAGAAAAGAAUUUAGGUAUUCGAUAAAUGUUAAGUGAUCUUAACUGUUUCAUAUAUUUUAAUGUUAACAAAAAAUUAGUUAUUUUUUUCCAAAGAUGUAAAUGUUGUUUCUGUUCACUUUACUUUUUUCCCCAUUUGAGAUUUCAACAGUUAUAUUUAAGUUUUGUUUUUUUAUAUAGCUUUUGGAGUUUUUGUAAUUGCCAGGUUGCUGGAGGUCCACUCCUGAUAACACAAUGGUUAGUACAACAAGUAUUUAACACAAUCCAAUCAUACAAGUACUUCGUCUUCAAAGAUCAAAAGAUAGAUGAUUGUUUUUUUGAUGGCAAAGAAGCAGUGGAUCUGGACACUCACUAUACACAAGUGUAACCAUUUGCCUUAUUCGUUUGUAAGGAGUAUUUCAGACUUUUCAUAACUUUUCUAAUUUAAAAACAAUAAGGUUUUCUAAUA